AUGUCCGAAGUUCAGAAUGCGGGGUCGUUGCUCUCUGGCUUGCAGCAAGCCUGCAUGAUCGCGGCCUCCUUCCUCGUGCAGGUGGUUGUCAUGGGACUCUUCUACUCCUAUGGCACGCUCUUCGCUGCACUAAAGGCAGACACGGGCGAUGCAGCCAGCACCCUGGCACUUGUGGGAUCGAUUCGGGACUUCGUGUUCCAAUUAAGCACUGCGCCGGCUGGAUUCCUGGUCCAUCGUGUCGGCUUCGUGCGGAUGGCUGCCAUAGGGACAGCUUUGCUUCUCUUCGGCAUGCUUGCAGACAGCUACGCGCCCUCCAGCCGUUUCCUUUUCAUGAACUGUGGAUUGGUCGGUGCGGCCAUGGCCAUGGUCUUCACCGCAUCUAUGACGGUCCUCUAUGGUCAAGGCCAUAUCAACCCGAGCUUUCUGCCCGUGGCUGUAGGUCUGGCUUCGUCUGGCGGAGGUCUUGGAACUGUGGUGGUUAACCUGGGCCUCAAUCUACUGCUGGAUAGCUUCAGCUGGAGGGGCGCGCUUCGGAUUUGCUGCGGGGUGUUUGGCCUACUGCUGCUUGUUGCCCUGACGGCUCUCUGGUGCAGUCUUCGCCACCAAAAGCAGGCCAAAGAAUCUACCACCAACUGUCGAGAGUUGAGGAGCUACAGCGAUGUCCGAGACUUCUUACAGCCUUUCGGAGACUUGCAGUUCUUGCUACUCAACGCCGCUUUGUUUCUCUAUGGCAUCGGCUUCAUGGUGCCCUACACACACCUUGUGUACUUUGCUGAAACAGAGAGGGGCCUGGAUAUUUCAACAGAGCUAACUUCACUUCUUGGUAUAUCAGGUGCAGCUGCCCGUCUUUGCUUUGGCCUUUUCUCUGCCUUUGUGAGGCCUUCGAGGCUCUUCUUGGUCGUGCUGCUCGUGCAAGGAGCAUCGUUAAUUUGUCUGCCCUUCUGCGAAGAUGCCGCAGAAUUGAAGGCCUUCUCUGCCAUUUAUGGCUUCUCUGCUGGAGGCCGUGUUGUUCUGUUGUCGUUGGUCGUGAACGAGCUUUUCGACUCGCAGAGAGUAGCGCACCUCUUCGGACUUGCUGGCAUUCCGAUUGCAGUCGGCUCGCUUCUUGGCCCUCCCUUUGUCGGCAAGGUCUAUGACCUCAGUGGCCACUAUGCGGAAGCUUUUUCCGCGGUGGGGGGGAUCGUGCUCGUAGCGGUCCCUGUCUUUUGCCUUGCAGUCUUCUGUCGGCGAUCCAUCGAGAAGCCUUCGUCGGUUAUUGAAGAUCCGGCAAAGGCUGACCAUCGAGAUCAUGUGAGUCCGUCCUGCGAUGCAUCGCACGAAUUCCCGGGUGGAAGGUGCAAGCUUUAA